AUGACUGAAGAGCAAGGCAAAUAACGAUUUGCAUAUACGGCACCAAAAUAAAUUUUGGAAGAAGCUGCAUAAAUUGGUGAAGACAAUUAAACAAGAAAGUAAAAUUUAGACAAAGUUGAAGAAAAGUUCAAGUAUAAGCAAAAGAACCGCUAGUUGAGUCCAGAAAGAAAAGAUGUGUUCAAUGAUUAAGGAGGUGAGAAUGGGAGAACAUAUGCAGAAAUCAUGAUCUAAUAAGACCUAGAGAAUUCGAGAUCUGAAAUUGAAAAUAAAAUAAAAAAGACCGAGACAUUAAAUAAGGAGGAAAAAAAAUUAGUAAAAUAAUAAGUGAAGGUGGAAUAAAAUGUUGCUUAAUAAAUAAAAUAGGAAAGAUCAGAAUGGGAAUAAGAAAGCAAAGAUGUUACUAAAAAGCCUUAAAAAUGGGAAACCCCAUCAAGAGGUAUUUUUAAAUAGUUCAUAAAUAUUUAGAUGGUCCAUAAUCAUCAGCAAGAGCAUCGAGAUGGGAUAAUACUNAUUAAAUAAAAGUGAUUUUUUCUUAAUGA